ACUCCCAUCGUGUCCGGGGAGUACAGUCACCACCGGGACAGAGCCGCGAUGACAUCCCGGGUCUCCUUCACCCAAGCCCGACUGGAAGCGGAGCUGGAGCGCUACCGGGCCGAGUGCCAGUGGGACAAGAUGCCGGCGAUCAUCGACCAGAUGCAGGCUGCGCGGUUCCACGAGGACGAUGACUACGGGGUGCUGCUGAUGGCUGAGACGCUGCUGGAGGAGUGCCUGCAGGAAAAUAUUGACCUGUUACGGAGCUCCACACCUUUGAUGGACAAGACCCAGCCCAAACUGUGCAGGGCCAAAGGCCACCUCAACACCAUCCUCAGCAGGGGCCGUCUCACACCCAGAUACUUGAAUGAGGCUCUGCUGCUGAUGGCCAAAGUGCACUAUGUGCAGGGUCGCUACAGGGACGCCCAGGGGAUGUGUGCCAGGGUGGGACUGGAGGAGCUGACGCAGGAUGACCAGCCAACUUACCACCUCCGCCUGCUGGCUGAGGCUUUUGUCAUUAAAGGUCUUUCUCUGGACCACCAGACAGUUUCUGCAGUGUCUCGCAUCCGUCUGUCAGAGAGGGAGGAGGAGAGUCUCUGCUGUUUCCUCAGGGCCUGUGACGCUGCUCUGUCCUACCUGCAGGAGCUCGACAAGACAGUAACAACACCUCACACCAAGACAGCCAAAUCCAGCCUGCUUCCUCCACCUGUGGACAUCGACCUGGGUUACUUCCUCCAGGCUGCAUUACAGAGUGCUUACCUCUGUCUGCUACAGAGGGGUCAUCUUGCUCAGGGUGCUCACCAACUGCGUAGGGUGCUCAGGGUGAUGGAGUCACGAGGGUCUCAAAGCUUCAGGAAGUCUGCAGCGAGGAAGCUAGCAGAGGUGUUGCUGAGCUCCGUGAGUGAGGACAGCUACUGGCCCCCGCUGGGCCCCCCGCCCAUCGCCUGGCUCCACAGAGAGGGAGCUGCCGCUUCCAAAGACGCCAUCUAUCCCACUGUUAAACCACCGCAACGUUACAGCACUGACUGUUGCUUUUGUCCUCAGGACGUGGUGGAGGAGGCUGUGUUGCUGCUGCUCAUCACUGAGUCCAUGGCCAGCGGCGAGGCGGUGAUCAGUCGUCUGCCUGACCAGGCCGAAGCUCGCCAGGCCAGCCUGCAGGAUGCCAACUCUGUCUACGACCUGCUUACCAUUGGCAUGGCCAGGAGGGGGCAGUACGCCAUGCUUUCUGAGUGUCUGGAGCGAGCCAUGAAGUUUUCAUUCAACGAGUUCCACCUCUGGCACCAGCUGGGCCUGUCACUCAUGGCGGCCGGGAAGGGGGUUGGUGCGGUGUCUGUAUUUAAAGAGUGUGCCAGGAUGAGACCAGACGACCCUUCAUUGCCCCUAUUGGCUGCUAAAGUCUGCAUUGGUCAGCUGCACUGGUUUGAUGAGGCUGAGGCUCUGUCGCAGAGUGUGGUGUCUAUGGGGGAAGAAGCUGGAGAAUUUCUACCAAGGGCCUACCUGGCUCUGGGACUGUGCUGCAGUUUACAGGCCUCUGAUGCUACUCUGAAAGCUGGUCGUAAUAAAUUCAACAGAAAAGCACUACAAGCUUUGAGCAAGGCUCAUUCAUUAGACCCCCAGGACUCACAAAUUGCUAUGUAUCUGGCUCUGCAGCUGGCACUUGUACGCCAGGUAUCAGCAGCCAUAGAGCCCCUGCAGGCAGCUUUGUCUCUCCGUGGGGACGACUUACACUCCCUCCACCUGCUGACCCUGCUGCUGAGUGCCCAGAAACACCACCGUCAUGCUGUGGACACCCUGGGCCUGGCCCUCAGCCAGCACCCCAGCAACUUCAAUCUGCUGUUCACAAAGGUAAAGCUUGAAGAGGCCCUCUUUGGCCCGGCUGCAGCCCUGCAGACCUGUGAAGAGAUGCUGCAACGCUGGCAAAGCCGCUAUGAUGUCAGCCGCUCCAGUGAGACAGAUGACAGCAGCAGUAUACCAAUGGCUGAGAGGACAGAGGUCAGCCCCGGAGCCAGGAAACCCUCCAUCCACCUCGCCCUGCCUGACUUCCAGGACACCUCCACUGGUUCGCUGAGUCCUUCGUCAGUUGCAGCGUCUCGUCUGGAAGCGGCGCUCUCUGAGGUGUCUGACAUCAGCUCCACCCGUCGUCAAGGACCCGCCUACAUCUGGACCACCCUGGAACGCAUUUGGCUGCAGGCUGGGGAGUUGUUCAUGGCGGAUGGUCGGCUAAAGGAGGCCCAGUUCUGCAUUGCUGAAGCAAGCUCGCUCUUCCCCAACUCUCACUCAGUGCUACUGCAGCGAGGCCGCCUGGCCGAGCUCCGGGGCCAACUGGAUGAAGCCAAAGGCCUGUAUGACGAGGCCCUGGCCAUCCAUCCCACAGGAGAGCGCAUACUUGUGCACAUGGGCCGUCUGCUGGUGAAAACUGGGCGUGUCCACCUCGGGGAGAAGGUCCUGCGUGAUGCGGUUCAGGUCCACAGCACCUCCCACGAGGCGUGGAGCGGCUUGGGCGAGGCCCUGCAGUCUCGGAGCUCCAGCCAGGCUCCCGACUGCUUCUUGACAGCCCUAGAGCUGGAGGCUUCCUGCCCCAUCCGGCCUUUCACCAUCAUCCCGAGGGAGCUUUGAGGGGCCUGGACUGGGGUGGAUGUCCUGGUUAGGGUCAAGGAAUUGGUCUGUUGCUGGAUUAUUAUACACUGGUGCAGAUGCAGUGAAAAGCAGUGCUGGGUGGGAAAAAUGUCCCUCAAGUUAAUAGUUUUGGGAAAUAGGGAUCCUGCCAAGAGCUUCAGAAGGACAUUGAUACUACUCAUACCACUCUGUUUGCUGGUUUCCAGUCUAUAUGCUAAGCUAAGCUAACCAACUCCUGAAUGUAGCUUCAUAUUUAAUUAACAGAUAUGAAUGUGGUGUCAAUCUUCUCAUUUACCCUCCAGCAAGAAGGUGAAUAAGUGUACUUCCCAAAAUUCUAAAUAUUCCUUUUAUAAGUAUAUAUUUUUUAUUAACAAUGGAUGUUACAAAGUACAUUUUCACUAUCAGUAAAAAUGAACUCCGUCUC